CGCUCCCGCCGCCCCGCACGGAUCGCCCGGGACCCGCACCGGCCCCGCACCGGCCCCGCCGCCGCCAGGGACCCGCCAGCGGGACGAACCGGCCCCGGGCAUGGCCCUGCCGGGGAGCUGAGCCCCGCCGCCCGCAGGCUGGGAAGGUGAAGCAGAAGUCGCUGGAAGGUCCACAAGUGAAGGCAGAGGGAUUCCUGGGGCGGAUCCAGCCAGGACCAGCGUCCCAGCAAGAUGGAGAAGGAGGAGGAGACCCGGGAGAUCCUGCUCCCCAACUGGCAAGGCAGCGGCUCCCACGGCAUCACCAUCGACCAGACGGAUGACGGGGUCUUCGUCAAGCAAGUGCAGCAAAACUCCCCGGCCGCCAAGAUGGGCGUCGUGAAGGAAGGGGACCAGAUCGUGAGCGCCACGGUCUAUUUUGACAACCUGCAAUCCGGGGAAGUCGCGCAGCUGCUCAACAGCAUGGGCCACCACACGGUGGGCUUGCGCUUGCAGCGGAAAGGGGACAAGUCGCCGCUGCCGGGACAGUCAUGGUCACACGACGUGUUCGCGGCCAGCAGCCCAGAAGUCGUUCUGAGUGGAGAUGACGAGGAGUACAGGAGGAUUUACACAACGAAGAUCAAACCCCGGCUGAAGUCGGAGGAGGUGGUGGAAGCGGAGUGCGGUGGGACGCAGAGCAGGACCAUUACGGUCACCAGGAAGGUGACGGCCUACACCGUCGACGUCACGAAGCACGACGGAGCGAAAGAUGUCGACGUCGUCGGCCCGGACUUCAAAAUCCGCAUCCCGAGCCAGGAGAUCACCCACGCGAAGGCCGACGUCGAAGCGGAACCCGGGGAGGGCGCGAUCAAACCGGCGCCGGGGGAGCUGCCUGGGAGGAGCGCCCGCGCCACGGGCUGGAGCGCGGACAUCGGAGGGGCACCUCUUGGCCCAGCGCUUGAUUCUUCCACCCAAAAGUUGGACGUCCACCUCGGCGAGGCUCGGUUCGGAAAACCCGGGCUGACCGUGUCGGGAACGCAAACGACGGGCGUUCGCCUGAGGACUCAGACGGACCCUCAGCUGCCGGAGAGCCAAGUUCCUGGUGGGGAAACUGGAAAACCCGUUACAGCGGAGGUGCCGGGGGGUUACGCUUCUGGCACGGCGUUCCUCGGGCCUCAGGGCGGCUCGCCCAGAAUCGAAGCAAAUGGACAGAUGGGGAACCUGGACGCGGGGUUUCACGUCAAGGGUCCCAGGCUGGACGGCAAAGGACACCUUCCUGGCAUAAACGUCCACGGAGAGCUGCUGGGGGGGACGCUGUCACACGCUGAUGCUUCUGCCCCUGGUCUUCAGGGUGAUAUCAAAGCCCCCGGACUUGACGUUUCUUUACCGGCGAUGGAAAAACCACCUGUCGACGUAGGAAAAAUCAAGAUUCCCGUUUUGAAAAUGCCCAAGUUUGGGUUCCCGAUGGCGGGAUCCGGCCUCGAAGCUCAAGCCCCGCAGGUGGGCGCCGACAUUCCCGCACCGAAGCUGCAGGCUCCGUGCGUGGACGUUGCCUCCUCGUCUGUCCACGUCAAGGGACCCGAGGUUUCGGCUCCUUCAGUCAAAGUCCCGAAGCCACAGGUGGACGUGGGGUUGAAGGGUGCUGUGACGGUCCCCUCCCCCGAACUGGAGGUCCCCGGCGUGGCUAUCAAAGGACCCAGCGUAGAGCUCCCGGCUUCUGACGCAGAUGUUCACGGCGGCAAGGGAAAACUCAAAAUACCGCACAUGAACUUUCCAAAAUUUACUGCCUUGGACUCGCAAGGGGAAGGUCCCGUUGUGGAAAUGGCGCUCCCAAAGGGCGAGGUGGGACCGGCAGCGUCCGCCGUAGACGUUGGCGUUCCCGACGUGGCCGUCAAAGGAGAAUGGAAAGGCCCCAUGUUCAAGAAGGUUGAAACGCCCCAAAUAUCUCUGUCGGACGUAAAUUUGAACCUGAAAGGCCCUCAGGUGAAGGGAGAUGUGGGUGUGGCGGUCCCCGGAGUGGAAGGGGACGUCAAAGGACUUGGCUUUAAGGGUCUCAGGAUGGACACAAAGGCUCCCGACGUUGAAUUUGAAAGUCCAGAGGCUUGUUUGAAAGGGCCCAGUAUAUCUGCGCCAGCUAUGGACGUUAACGUGAAGGGGCCUAAGCUUAAGGGAGAAGUGGAUGUUUCCAUCCCAAAGGUGGGCGGCAACUUGAAAGGACCCCAGCUUGACAUUAAAGGGCCCAAACUGGGAAUGGACGUGCCUGAUGUAGAUGUCAAAGGCCCCAAAGUUACGAUGCCAGAGGUACACGUCAAGGCCCCCAAAAUAUCCAUGCCUGACCUCGACUUGAAUCUGAAAGGUCCCGGGGUGAAAGGAGACGUGGAUGUUUCUGCCCCAAAACUGGAAGGGGAGCUGAAAGCCCCCGGACUUGACAUCAAAGGCCCCAAGGUCGACGUUGCGGCGCCAGACGUGGACAUCCACGGCCCAGAGGGCAAACUGAAGAUGCCGAAGCUGAAAAUGCCCAAGUUUGGGGUGCCCGGCCUGAAGGCAGAGGGCCCCGACGUUGACGUGACGCUUCCAAAGGGUGAGGUGGACAUUUCUGGCCCCAAGGUAGAUAUCGAUGUGCCAAGCGUGGACAUCAAGGGCCCAGAAGGAAAACUGCAAGGCCCCAAAGUUACGAUGCCCAAGAUGAGCUUCAAGACCCCCAAAAUAUCCAUGCCUGACAUUGACUUGAAUCUGAAAGGUCCCAGGGUGAAAGGAGACGUGGAUGUUUCUGCCCCAAAACUGGAAGGGGAGCUGAAAGCCCCCGGACUUGACAUCAAAGGCCCCAAGGUCGACGUUGCGGCGCCAGACGUGGACAUCCACGGCCCAGAGGGCAAACUGAAGAUGCCAAAGCUGAAAAUGCCCAAGUUUGGGGUGCCCGGCCUGAAGGCAGAGGGCCCCGACGUUGACGUGACGCUUCCAAAGGGUGAGGUGGACAUUUCUGGCCCCAAGGUAGAUAUCGAUGUGCCAAGCGUGGACAUCGAAGGGCCAGAAGGAAAAGGAAAAGGCCUCAAAUUUAAAAUGCCUGAACUAAACAUUCAGACACCAAAACUGUCCAUGCCCGACGUAGAUCUCAGUUUGAAGGGCCCCAAACUGAAAGGAGAUGCAGAUGUUUCUGGUCUGAAGGUCUCUGGAGAUCUGAAAGGCCCCAAAAUAGAUGUGGAAGGUCCCAAAGUGGAUGUUGAUAUGCCUGAGGUAGACUUGGAAUGCCCAGAAGGGAAAAUAAAAGGCCCCAAAUUUAAGAUGCCAAAGCUUAAUAUCAAGGCACCUAAAAUAUCCGUGCCGGAUGUAGAUUUGAACUUAAAGGGACACAAAAUGAAAGGAGAGGUGGAUGUUUCUCUUCCAAAGAUAGAAGGUGACUUGAAAGACUCUGGUGUUAAUAUCAAGGGACCGAAAAUAGACGUCGAGGUCCCAGAUGUAAACCUGGAGUGUCCAGAAGCCAAACUGAAAAUGCCAAAAAUGAAACUGCCUCAUUUUCAUGUGUCUGGCCCAAAGUUUGAGGGAGCCGAUAUAGAUGUCAACCUGCCAAAAGGUGAGAUAGACGUUUCUGGGCCGGAGGCAGAAAUUGAAGUGCCAGAGAUGGAUGUUGGAGGACCAGAAGGAAAAUGGAAAGGCCCCAAGUUCAGGAUGCCGAAAUUCAAUAUCAAAACACCUAAAAUAUCCAUGCCAGAUGUAGAUUUGAACCUAAAGGGACCCAAAGUGAAGGGAGAAAUGGGUAUUGCAGCUCCUAAGAUAGAAGGCGAUUUGAAAGGGCUGGAAAUAGAUAUUAAGGGGCCAAAAGUAGAUGUUGAGGUCCCUGAUAUUGAUUUGGAGGGCCCUGAAGGAAAACUGAAAGGCCCCAAGUUCAAGAUGCCCGAGAUGCACAUCAAGGCACCCAAGAUCUCCAUGCCCGACGUCGACUUCAAUCUGAAAGGGCCCAGCGUGAAAGGUGAUAUUGAAGUCUCAGCUCCCAAGCUCGAGGGUGACCUGAAGUGCCCCGACAUUGACAUCAAGGGCCCCAAAGUCGACAUUGAGGCGCCCGACGUGGACAUUCACGGCCCGGAGGGGAAGUUCAAGAUGCCCAAGUUCAAGAUGCCCAAGUUUGGGGUGCCCGGCUUCAAAGCAGAAGGCCCAGAGGUGGACGUGAACCUCCCAAAAGGGGAUAUUGAUGUGUCUGGUCCCAAGAUGGAUAUUGAGUGUCCAGAGGUGGAGAUUGAAGGCCCUGAAGGGAAGGUGAAGGGCCCCAAGUUCAAGAUGCCCGAGAUGCACAUCAAGGCACCCAAGAUCUCCAUGCCUGACAUUGACUUGAACCUGAAGGGCCCCAAAGUGAAGGGGGAUGUGGACGUUUCUGUUCCCAAAAUUGAAGGUGACCUCAAGGGCCCCGACAUUGACAUCAAAGGUCCCAAAGUCGAUGUUGACCUUCCCGACGUUGAGCUGGAAGGCCCUGAAGGGAAGCUGAAGGGCCCCAAGUUCAAGAUGCCCGAGAUGCACAUCAAGGCACCCAAGAUCUCCAUGCCGGACUUUGACUUGAACCUGAAGGGCCCCAAACUCAAGGGUGACGUGGAUGUCUCUGUCCCGAAGCUCGAGGGUGACCUGAAGGGCCCCGACAUUGACAUCAAGGGCCCCAAAGUCGACAUUGAGGUGCCCGACGUGGACAUUCACGGCCCGGAGGGGAAGUUCAAGAUGCCCAAGUUCAAGAUGCCCAAGUUUGGGGUGCCCGGCUUCAAAGCAGAAGGCCCAGAGGUGGACGUGAACCUGCCGAGAGCAGACGUGGAUGUGUCUGGUCCCAAGGUGGAUAUUGAGUGUCCAGAGGUGGAGAUUGAAGGCCCUGAAGGGAAGGUGAAGGGCCCCAAGUUCAAGAUGCCCGAGAUGCACAUCAAGACACCCAAGAUCUCCAUGCCUGACAUUGACUUGAACCUGAAGGGCCCCAAAGUGAAGGGGGACGUGGACGUUUCUGUUCCCAAAAUUGAAGGUGACCUCAAGGGCCCCGACAUUGACAUCAAAGGUCCCAAAGUCGAUGUUGACCUUCCCGACGUUGAGCUGGAAGGCCCUGAAGGGAAGCUGAAGGGCCCCAAGUUCAAGAUGCCCGAGAUGCACAUCAAGGCACCCAAGAUCUCCAUGCCCGACGUCGACUUCAAUCUGAAGGGCCCCAAAGUGAAGGGUGACGUGGAUGUGUCUGUCCCGAAGCUUGAGGGUGACCUCAAGGGCCCCGACAUUGACAUCAAGGGCCCCAAAGUCGACAUUGAGGCGCCCGACGUGGACAUUCACGGCCCGGAGGGGAAGUUCAAGAUGCCCAAGUUCAAGAUGCCCAAGUUUGGGGUGCCCGGCUUCAAAGCAGAAGGCCCAGAGGUGGACGUGAACCUGCCGAGAGCAGACGUGGAUGUGUCUGGUCCCAAGGUGGAUAUUGAGUGUCCAGAGGUGGAGAUUGAAGGCCCUGAAGGGAAGGUGAAGGGCCCCAAGUUCAAGAUGCCCGAGAUGCACAUCAAGGCACCCAAGAUCUCCAUGCCCGAUGUCGACUUCAAUCUGAAGGGCCCCAAACUCAAGGGUGACGUGGAUGUGUCUGUCCCGAAGCUCGAGGGUGACCUGAAGGGCCCCGACAUUGACAUCAAGGGCCCCAAAGUCGACAUUGAGGUGCCCGACGUGGACAUUCACGGCCCGGAGGGGAAGUUCAAGAUGCCCAAGUUCAAGAUGCCCAAGUUUGGGAUGCCCGGCUUCAAAGCAGAAGGCCCAGAGGUGGACGUGAACCUGCCGAGAGCAGACGUGGAUGUGUCUGGUCCCAAGGUGGAUAUUGAGUGUCCAGAGGUGGAGAUUGAAGGCCCUGAAGGGAAGGUGAAGGGCCCCAAGUUCAAGAUACCCGAGAUGCACAUCAAGACACCCAAGAUCUCCAUGCCUGACAUUGACUUGAACCUGAAGGGCCCCAAAGUGAAGGGGGACGUGGACGUUUCUGUUCCCAAAAUUGAAGGUGACCUCAAGGGCCCCGACAUUGACAUCAAAGGUCCCAAAGUCGAUGUUGACCUUCCCGACGUUGAGCUGGAAGGCCCUGAAGGGAAGCUGAAGGGCCCCAAGUUCAAGAUGCCCGAGAUGCACAUCAAGGCACCCAAGAUCUCCAUGCCCGACGUCGACUUCAAUCUGAAGGGCCCCAAAGUGAAGGGUGACGUGGAUGUGUCUGUCCCGAAGCUUGAGGGUGACCUCAAGGGCCCCGACAUUGACAUCAAGGGCCCCAAAGUCGACAUUGAGGCGCCCGACGUGGACAUUCACGGCCCGGAGGGGAAGUUCAAGAUGCCCAAGUUCAAGAUGCCCAAGUUUGGGAUGCCCGGCUUCAAAGCAGAAGGCCCAGAGGUGGACGUGAACCUGCCGAGAGCAGACGUGGAUGUGUCUGGUCCCAAGGUGGAUAUUGAGUGUCCAGAGGUGGAGAUUGAAGGCCCUGAAGGGAAGGUGAAGGGCCCCAAGUUCAAGAUGCCCGAGAUGCACAUCAAGGCACCCAAGAUCUCCAUGCCCGAUGUCGACUUCAAUCUGAAGGGCCCCAAACUCAAGGGUGACGUGGAUGUGUCUGUCCCGAAGCUCGAGGGUGACCUGAAGUGCCCCGACAUUGACAUCAAGGGCCCCAAAGUCGACAUUGAGGCGCCCGACGUGGACAUUCACGGCCCGGAGGGGAAGUUCAAGAUGCCCAAGUUCAAGAUGCCCAAGUUUGGGAUGCCCGGCUUCAAAGCAGAAGGCCCAGAGGUGGACGUGAACCUCCCAAAAGGGGAUAUUGAUGUGUCUGGUCCCAAGGUGGAUAUUGAGUGUCCAGAGGUGGAGAUUGAAGGCCCUGAAGGGAAGGUGAAGGGCCCCAAGUUCAAGAUGCCCGAGAUGCACUUCAAGACACCCAAGAUCUCCAUGCCUGACAUUGACUUGAACCUGAAGGGCCCCAAAGUGAAGGGGGAUGUGGAUAUCUCCGUCCCUAAGCUCGAGGGUGACCUCAAGGGCCCCGACAUUGACAUCAAGGGCCCCAAAGUCAACAUUGAGGCGCCCGACGUGGACAUUCACGGCCCGGAGGGGAAGUUCAAGAUGCCCAAGUUCAAGAUGCCUAAAUUUGGGAUGCCAGGGCUGAAGGGAGAAGGCCCAGAGGUUGAUGUGAACCUCCCAAAAGGAGGUGUUGACGUUUCCAUGCCAAAGGUGGAUAUUGAGGGUCCAGAGGUGGACAUCGAGGGUCCUGAAGGAAAACUGAAAGGUCCCAAGUUCAAGAUGCCCGAGAUGCACAUCAAGGCACCCAAGAUCUCUAUGCCGGACAUUGACUUGAACCUGAAGGGCCCCAAAGUGAAGGGGGAUGUUUCUCUUCCAAAAUUAGAAGGUGACUUGAAGGGACCUGAUGUGAAUAUUAAAGGGCCAAAGUUGGAUGUUGAUGUCCCUGAUAUUGAUGUCGAAGGUCCUGAGGGAAAAUGGAAGGGCCCCAAGAUAAAAAUGCCGGACAUGCAUAUUAAGGCACCUAAAUUUUCUAUGCCUGAUGUAGAUCUCAACUUGAAAGGUCCCAAAAUGAAGGGAGAAAUGGAUGUUUCUGUACCAAAAAUAGAAGGUGAUGUGAAAGUGCCAGAUCUGGACCUCAAAGGGCCCAAAGUGGACAUAGAAGCUCCUGAGAUAGACAUUGAGGGCCCAGAAGGAAAGGUAAAGGGUCCCAAAUUCAAGAUGCCCGACAUGCAUUUCAAAGCCCCCAAAAUCUCCAUGCCAGACUUUGACCUGAACCUGAAAGGCCCCAAAGUGAAGGGGGAUGUGGACGUUUCUGUUCCCAAAAUUGAGGGAGAUUUGAAAGGCCCGGAUGUUGACAUCAAAGGCCCGAAACUGGAUGUUGACCUUCCCGACGUUGACCUAGAGUGUCCAGAGGCUAAACUUAAAGGCCCCAAGUUCAAGAUGCCUGAAAUGCACUUCAAGACACCAAAAAUCUCCAUGCCCGAUAUCGAUUUGAACCUGAAAGGUCCUAAACUGAAGGGAGAUAUGGAUGUCUCGGCCCCCAAACUAGAGGGUGACUUGAAAGGCCCCGAGAUGGAUAUCAAAGGCCCUAAACUAGAUAUAGAAGCUCCUGAUGUGGAUAUUGAGAUCCCAGAAGGAAAGCUGAAGGGCCCCAAGUUCAAGAUGCCUGAGAUGCAUUUUAAAGCUCCCAAGAUCUCCAUGCCAGACUUUGAUCUGAACUUGAAAGGUCCAAAAGGAAAGGGUGAUGUCGAUGUUUCCAUUCCCAAGUUAGAAGGUGACCUGAAAGCGCCUGAGGUUACAAUAAAAGGUCCAAAAGUGGAUAUAGAGGCUCCAGAUGUUGAGCUAGAAUGUCCAGAAGGAAAGUUAAAGGGUCACAAAUUCAAGAUGCCCGAGAUGCAUUUCAAAGCCCCCAAAAUCUCCAUGCCGGACUUUGACCUGAACCUGAAGGGCCCCAAACUCAAGGGUGACAUGGACGUUUCUGUUCCCAAAAUUGAAGGUGACCUCAAGGGCCCCGACAUUGACAUCAAAGGUCCCAAAGUCGAUGUUGACCUUCCCGACGUUGAGCUGGAAGGCCCUGAAGGGAAGCUGAAGGGCCCCAAGUUCAAGAUGCCCGAGAUGCACAUCAAGGCACCCAAGAUCUCCAUGCCUGACAUUGACUUGAACCUGAAGGGCCCCAAACUCAAGGGUGACGUGGACGUGUCUGUCCCGAAGGUCGAGGGUGACCUGAAGUGCCCCGACAUUGACAUCAAGGGCCCCAAAGUCGACAUUGAGGCACCCGACGUGGACAUUCACGGCCCGGAGGGGAAGUUCAAGAUGCCCAAGUUCAAGAUGCCCAAGUUUGGGAUGCCCGGCUUCAAAGCAGAAGGCCCAGAGGUGGACGUGAACCUGCCGAGAGCAGACGUGGAUGUGUCUGGUCCCAAGGUGGAUAUUGAGUGUCCAGAGGUGGAGAUUGAAGGCCCUGAAGGGAAGGUGAAGGGCCCCAAGUUCAAGAUGCCUGAGAUGCAUUUCAAAGCCCCCAAAAUCUCCAUGCCGGACUUUGACCUGAACCUGAAGGGCCCCAAAGUGAAGGGGGACGUGGACGUUUCUGUUCCCAAAAUUGAAGGUGACCUCAAGGGCCCCGACAUUGACAUCAAAGGUCCCAAAGUCGAUGUUGACCUUCCCAACGUUGAGCUGGAAGGCCCUGAAGGGAAGCUGAAGGGCCCCAAGUUCAAGAUGCCCGAGAUGCACAUCAAGGCACCCAAGAUCUCCAUGCCCGACGUCGACUUCAAUCUGAAGGGCCCCAAACUCAAGGGUGACGUGGAUGUGUCUGUCCCUAACCUGGAGGGUGACCUGAAGUGCCCCGACAUUGACAUCAAGGGCCCCAAGGUCGACAUUGAGGCGCCCGACGUGGACAUUCACGGCCCGGAGGGGAAGUUCAAGAUGCCCAAGUUCAAGAUGCCCAAGUUUGGGAUGCCCGGCUUCAAAGCAGAAGGCCCAGAGGUGGACGUGAACCUGCCGAGAGCAGACGUGGAUGUGUCUGGUCCCAAGGUGGAUAUUGAGUGUCCAGAGGUGGAGAUUGAAGGCCCUGAAGGGAAGGUGAAGGGCCCCAAGUUCAAGAUGCCCGAGAUGCACAUCAAGACACCCAAGAUCUCCAUGCCUGACAUUGACUUGAACCUGAAGGACCCCAAACUCAAGGGUGACGUGGACGUGUCUGUCCCGAAGCUCGAGGGUGACCUGAAGUGCCCCGACAUUGACAUCAAGGGCCCCAAAGUCGACAUUGAGGUGCCCGACGUGGACAUUCACGGCCCGGAGGGGAAGUUCAAGAUGCCCAAGUUCAAGAUGCCCAAGUUUGGGAUGCCCGGCUUCAAAGCAGAAGGCCCAGAGGUGGACGUGAACCUCCCAAAAGGGGAUAUUGAUGUGUCUGGUCCCAAGGUGGAUAUUGAGUGUCCAGAGGUGGAGAUUGAAGGCCCUGAAGGGAAGCUGAAGGGCCCCAAGUUCAAGAUGCCCGAGAUGCAUUUCAAAGCCCCUAAAAUCUCCAUGCCGGACUUUGACCUGAACGUGAAGGGCCCCAAAGUGAAGGGGGACGUGGACGUUUCUGUUCCCCAAAUUGAAGGUGACCUCAAGGGCCCCGACAUUGACAUCAAAGGUCCCAAAGUCGAUGUUGACCUUCCCGACGUUGAGCUGGAAGGCCCUGAAGGGAAGCUGAAGGGCCCCAAGUUCAAGAUGCCCGAGAUGCACAUCAAGGCACCCAAGAUCUCCAUGCCCGACGUCGACUUCAAUCUGAAGGGCCCCAAACUCAAGGGUGACGUGGAUGUGUCUGUCCCGAAGGUCGAGGGUGACCUGAAGGGCCCCGACAUUGACAUCAAGGGCCCCAAAGUUGACAUUGAGGCGCCCGACGUGGACAUUCACGGCCCGGAGGGGAAGUUCAAGAUGCCCAAGUUCAAGAUGCCCAAGUUUGGGGUGCCCGGCUUCAAAGCAGAAGGCCCAGAGGUGGACGUGAACCUGCCGAGAGCAGACGUGGAUGUGUCUGGUCCCAAGGUGGAUAUUGAGUGUCCAGAGGUGGAGAUUGAAGGCCCUGAAGGGAAGGUGAAGGGCCCCAAGUUCAAGAUGCCUGAGAUGCACUUUAAGGCACCCAAGAUCUCCAUGCCUGAUGUUGACUUGAACCUGAAGGGCCCCAAAGUGAAGGGGGAUGUGGACGUGUCUGUUCCCAAAAUUGAGGGAGAUUUGAAAGGCCCCGACAUUGAUAUCAAAGCUCCCAAAGUCGAUGUUGACCUUCCCGACGUUGAGCUGGAAGGCCCUGAAGGAAAACUGAAAGGUCCCAAGUUCAAGAUGCCCGAGAUGCACUUCAAGGCACCCAAGAUCUCCAUGCCCGACGUCGACUUCAAUCUGAAGGGCCCCAAACUCAAGGGUGACGUGGACGUGUCUGUUCCCAAAAUUGAAGGUGACCUCAAGGGCCCCGACAUUGACAUCAAAGGUCCCAAAGUCGAUGUUGACCUUCCCGACGUUGAGAUUGAAGGCCCUGAAGGGAAGGUGAAGGGCCCCAAGUUCAAGAUGCCUGAGAUGCACAUCAAGGCACCCAAGAUCUCCAUGCCCGACGUCGACUUCAAUCUGAAGGGCCCCAAAGUGAAGGGUGACGUGGACGUUUCUGUUCCCAAAAUUGAAGGUGACCUCAAGGGCCCCGACAUUGACAUCAAAGGUCCCAAAGUCGAUGUUGACCUUCCCGACGUUGAGCUGGAAGGCCCUGAAGGGAAGCUGAAGGGCCCCAAGUUCAAGAUGCCCGAGAUGCACUUCAAGGCACCCAAGAUCUCCAUGCCCGACGUCGACUUCAAUCUGAAGGGCCCCAAACUCAAGGGUGACGUGGAUGUCUCUGUCCCGAAGCUCGAGGGUGACCUGAAGUGCCCAGACAUUGACAUCAAGGGCCCCAAGGUCGACAUUGAAGCACCUGAUGUGGACAUUCAUGGUCCAGAAGGUAAAAUAAAAAUGCCCAAGUUCAAAAUGCCCAAGUUUGGGUUGUCUGGGUUGAAAGGAGAGGCCCCAGAAGUUGAUGUAAAUCUUCCUGAAGCUGAUGUUGCUAUUUCUGGUCCGAAGGUUGAUGUUACUGUUCCUGAGCUGGACAUUGAAGGACCAGAAGGAAAACUUAAGGGACCUAAGUUUAAGAAGCCUGAUGUGCAAUUCAAUGUUCCUAAAAUCUCCAUGCCAGAUAUUGACUUAAAUUUGAAAGGUCCAAAACUGAAAGCUGACGUUGAUCCUUCCCUUCCCAAGAUAGAGGGUGAGCUGAAAAGUCCAAAGGUGGACAUCAAAGGGCCAGAGGUUGAGGUCGAGGGGCCAAAGCUUGAUCUAGAAGGAAAGAGUAAAAAAUCCAGGUUUAAACUUCCAAAAUUUGGCUUUUCUGGUCCUAAAGUGCAAGGCCCUGAUGUAGAUGUAAAACUUAAAAAACCUGAGGUUGAAGUAGCUGGUCCGAAAGUUGAUGUUCACGGUCCAGACGUGGAUGUACAGGCAAAAUCGAAAGGGUCAAAAUUUAAAAUGCCUUUCCUGAGUAUUUCAUCACCUAAAGUUUCGGUGCCAGAUGUGGAGCUAAAUCUAAAAGGGCAUAAAGUAAAGGGAGAGUUAGAUGUUUCCAGCCCCAAGCUGGAAGGGGAACUGAAAGGUCCCGAAGUGGACAUCAAAGGCCCCAAAGUCAACAUUGAGGCGCCCGAUGUGGAUGUUCACGGGCCGGAGGGUAAACUCAAAAUGCCCAAGUUUAAAAUGCCUAAAUUUGGUGUGUCUGGGUUAAAGGCCGAGGGGCCAGAGGUGGACGUUAGCAUUCCAAAAGGAGAGCUGGAUGUUUCCGGUCCCAAGUUGGAUAUUGAAGGUGCUGGUUUGGAAAUGGAAGGACCAGAGGGGAAACUCAAAGGUCCCCACAUUAAAAUGCCAGACCUAAACAUCAAGGCACCCAAGAUCUCCAUGCCCGACAUUGACCUGAACCUGAAGGGCCCCAAAGCAAAGGCAGAUGUCGACAUCGCUCUUCCCCAGGUGGAUCUGAAGGGCUCAGAUUUGCAUGUGAAAGGCCCGCAAGUGGAUGUCGAGGUUCCUGACCUUGACAUUGAAGGUCCCAAAGGAAAACUGAAAGGCCCCAAAUUUAAAAUGCCUGAAAUGAAUAUCAAGGCUCCCAAUAUUUCCAUGCCAGACUUUGAUUUGAACUUGAAAGGUCCCAAGACAAAAGGAGGGGUGGAUGUCGACCUUCCGGCGCCAAAACUGGAAGGGGACUUGAGUAUGCCGGAUGUUAAUAUCAAGGGACCCAAGGUUGAUGUUGAUGUUCCUGAGUUGGAUGUUGAAGUGGGAGAAGGGAAGCUGAAGGGCCCCAAGUUCAAGAUGCCCGAGAUGCACAUCAAGGCACCCAAGAUCUCCAUGCCGGACUUUGACUUGAACCUGAAGGGCCCCAAAGUGAAGGGGGAUGUGGACGUUUCUGUUCCCCAAAUUGAAGGUGACCUCAAGGGCCCCGACAUUGACAUCAAAGCUCCCAAAGUCGAUGUUGACCUUCCCGACGUUGAGCUGGAAGGCCCUGAAGGGAAGCUGAAGGGCCCCAAGUUCAAGAUGCCCGAGAUGCACUUCAAGGCACCCAAGAUCUCCAUGCCCGACGUCGACUUCAAUCUGAAGGGCCCCAAAGUGAAGGGUGACGUGGACGUGUCUGUCCCGAAGCUCGAGGGUGACCUGAAGUGCCCCGACAUUGACAUCAAGGGCCCCAAAGUCGACAUUGAGGCACCCGACGUGGACAUUCACGGCCCGGAGGGGAAGUUCAAGAUGCCCAAGUUCAAGAUGCCCAAGUUUGGGGUGCCCGGCUUCAAAGCAGAAGGCCCAGAGGUGGACGUGAACCUGCCGAGAGCAGACGUGGAUGUGUCUGGUCCCAAGAUGGAUAUUGAGUGUCCAGAGGUGGAGAUUGAAGGCCCUGAAGGGAAGGUGAAGGGCCCCAAGUUCAAGAUGCCCGAGAUGCACAUCAAGGCACCCAAGAUCUCCAUGCCUGACAUUGACUUGAACCUGAAGGGCCCCAAAGUGAAGGGGGAUGUGGACAUUUCUGUUCCCAACCUGGAGGGUGACCUCAAGGGUCCAGAAUUGGAUAUAAAAGGACCCAAAGUCGACAUAGAUGUGCCUGAUGUGGAGCUUGAAGGACCAGAAGGUAAAUUGAAAGGGCCCAAACUGAAGAUGCCAGAGAUGCAUUUUAAGGCUCCUAAAAUCUCCAUGCCGGACUUUGAUCUGAACCUGAAAGGGCCGAAAGUGAAGGGGGAUGUGGAUGUGUCUGUGCCGUGUGUGGAAGGUGACCUGAAAGGGCCAAAAGUUGAUGUUAAAGGUCCUGAGUUGGAUAUUAGUGCCCCAGAUGUUGAAAUUGAGGGUCCAGAGGGAAAGUUAAAGGGUCCCAAGUUCAAGAUGCCCGAGAUGCAUUUCAAAGCCCCCAAAAUCUCCAUGCCGGACUUUGACCUGAACCUGAAGGGCCCCAAAGUGAAGGGGGACGUGGACGUUUCUGUUCCCAAGCUUGAGGGUGACCUCAAGGGCCCCGACAUUGACAUCAAAGGUCCCAAAGUCGAUGUUGACCUUCCCGACGUUGAGCUGGAAGGCCCUGAAGGGAAGCUGAAGGGCCCCAAGUUCAAGAUGCCCGAGAUGCACAUCAAGGCACCCAAGAUCUCCAUGCCCGACGUCGACUUCAAUCUGAAGGGCCCCAAACUCAAGGGUGACGUGGACGUGUCUGUCCCGAAGCUCGAGGGUGACCUGAAGUGCCCCGACAUUGACAUCAAGGGCCCCAAAGUCGACACUGAGGCGCCCAACGUGGACAUUCACGGCCCGGAGGGGAAGUUCAAGAUGCCCAAGUUCAAGAUGCCCAAGUUUGGGAUGCCCGGCUUCAAAGCAGAAGGCCCAGAGGUGGACGUGAACCUCCCAAAAGGGGAUAUUGAUGUGUCUGGUCCCAAGGUGGAUAUUGAGUGUCCAGAGGUGGAGAUUGAAGGCCCUGAAGGGAAGGUGAAGGGCCCCAAGUUCAAGAUGCCCGAGAUGCACAUCAAGGCACCCAAGAUCUCCAUGCCUGACAUUGACUUGAACCUGAAGGGCCCCAAAGUGAAGGGGGACGUGGACGUUUCUGUUCCCAAAAUUGAAGGUGACCUCAAGGGCCCCGACAUUGACAUCAAAGGUCCCAAAGUCGAUGUUGACCUUCCCGACGUUGAGCUGGAAGGCCCUGAAGGGAAGCUGAAGGGCCCCAAGUUCAAGAUGCCCGAGAUGCACAUCAAGGCACCCAAGAUCUCCAUGCCCGACGUCGACUUCAAUCUGAAGGGCCCCAAACUCAAGGGUGACGUGGACGUCUCUGUCCCGAAGCUCGAGGGUGACCUGAAGUGCCCCGACAUUGACAUCAAGGGCCCCAAAGUCGACAUUGAGGCGCCCGACGUGGACAUUCACGGCCCAGAGGGGAAGUUCAAGAUGCCCAAGUUCAAGAUGCCCAAGUUUGGGAUGCCCGGCUUCAAAGCAGAAGGCCCAGAGGUGGACGUGAACCUGCCGAGAGCAGACGUGGAUGUGUCUGGUCCCAAGGUGGAUAUCGAGUGUCCAGAGGUGGAGAUUGAAGGCCCUGAAGGGAAGGUGAAGGGCCCCAAGUUCAAGAUGCCCGAGAUGCACAUCAAGGCACCCAAGAUCUCCACACCAGACUUUGAUCUGAGCCUGAAAGGUCCCAAAGUGAAAGGUGAUGUUGACCUAUCUGUGUCAGGAGCAGAAUGUGAACUGAAAGGCCCAGAGGUCAAUGUCGGUGCUCCGAAAUUAGACAUAGGUGCCCCUGAUGUUCAUAUCGACAGCCCAGAGGGUAAAUUCAAGCUGCCUAAAUUCAAAAUGCCCAAAUUUUCUAUGCCUGGCUUUAAAGGGGAGGGGGUGGACGUGGAUGUGAACCUUCCGAAGGGAGACCUUGACGUUUCCGGCCCCAGCAUAGACGUAGAAGCUCCUGAUCUGAAUUUGGAUGGAAAAGUCAAAGGUCCCAAAUUUACAAUGCCUGAAAUGCACAUUAAGGCUCCCAAAGUCUCCCUCCCCGAUGUCGACUUCAACAUCAAGGGCCCUCAAGUGAAAGGAGAUGUGGAUGUUUCUGGACCCAGGCUUGAAGGUGAUUUGAAAGCACCCCAGAUUGACGUGAAAGCCCCCAAAAUAGACGUUGAGGUUCCCGAUGUGACCAUCGAAGGGCCGGAAGGGAAACUCAAAGGCCCAAAAUUCAAGAUGCCCGAGAUGCACAUCAAAGCACCCAAGUUCUCCAUGCCCGACGUCGACUUCAAUCUGAAAGGCCCCAAGGUGAAGGGAGACGUGGACAUCUCGGCGCCGAAGUUGGAAGGGGAUUUGCAGUGUCCAGACGUUGACAUCAAAGGCCCCAAGCUGGACCUUCAAGCACCCGAUGUGAGCAUCGAAGGGCCGGAUGGAAAACUGAAAGGGCCCAAGCUCAAGAUGCCAGAAAUGCACAUCAAGACCCCGCAGAUCUCCAUGCCAGACAUAGACUUGAACCUAAAGGGGCUGAAGGUGAAAGGCGAUGCUGACCUUCAGGGCCCGAAGCUCGAGGGAGGCCUGAAGGGUCCUGAAGUCGAUAUUAAGGGCCCAAAAGUGGAUAUCGAAGGCCCAGAGGUUGAUGUUGAUGGUCUGGAGGGAAAAAUGAAGCUGCCUAAAAUGAAGCUGCCCAAGUUUGGCUUGAAAGGGGAAGGGCCUGACGUGGACGUGAACCUGCCGAAGGCAGAGGUCGAUGUUUCAGGCCCCAAGGUAGAUAUUAGUGUCCCGGAUGUGAGCGUUGAAGGUCCAGAGGGGAAACUGAAAGGGCCGAAACUGAAGAUGCCAGAAAUGCACAUGAAUGUUCCUAAAAUCUCGAUGCCCGAGAUCGACUUGAGUUUGAAAGGCCACAAAACGAAGGGAGGCUUUGACGUUUCAGCCCCAAAGCUAGAAGGGAACCUGAAAGGGCCUGACGUUGACAUCAAAGGCCCCGAAUUUGGAGUCAAAAGCCCCGAAGUUGACGUCGAAUGUCCUGACUUGAACAUCGAAGGCCCGGAGGCAAAUAUCAAAUUUCCCAAGUUUAAGAAGUCCAAGUUUGGGUUUGGGAUGAAAAGCCCGAAAGCAGAAAUGAAGGUCCCGGGGGCAGAAGUGGAUUUACCUGAGGCGGAGCUGAACGUGGAGUCACCCGACGUCAGCGUUGCUGGAAAGGGUAAGAAGAGCAAGUUCAAGAUGCCGAAACUUCAUAUGAGUGGCCCUAAAGUUAAAGGCAAGAAAGGUGGGUUCGACGUGAACGUGGCCGGUGGAGAGCUCGAUGCGAAUUUGAAAUCGCCCGACCUGGAUGUGAGCGUGGCUGCUCCGGACGUGACGAUAAAAGGUGAUGCUACGGUGAAGUCCCCCAAAGGGAAGAAACCCAUGUUUGGGAAAAUCUCCUUCCCAGAUGUUGAAUUUGAUCUUAAAACGCACAGAUUCAGAGGGGAUGCUUCUGUGGCAGCCCCCAAAAUAGAGGGGGAGCUUAAAGCGCCUGAGCUAGAAGUUUCUGUGCCAACGGUCAAAGGUGAUGUAAAAGGCCCCAAUCUCCAGUUGGACGUUGAAGCGCCUGACGCGAGCCUGAAGAAACCAAAAUUCCAACUUCCCGGAGGGCAGGUGGGCGUAGGGGACUUGAAAAUUGAGGGCGACCUGAAAGGACCCGCCAUUGACGUCACCGUUCCCUCGAUCCCAACGCCAGACGUCGACUUAAAUGUGAAAGGACCAAAAGUGAAAGGUGACGUCAGCAUUCCUGGAGCAGAACUGGAAGGUCCCGAAGGAAAGCUGAGAUUGCCCAAGGUGGGGAAAAUGGGUCUCGGGCUGGAAAUGCCGGGUGCAAGCUUGGAUCUCUCGGGCCCGGCUGUGGAAGGAAGCGUGAGCCUCCCCUCGGCUGACGUGAACCUCCAAGGCGUUGACGUAAAGCUCAAAGGGCCCCAAAUCUCUGGCCCCGAUUUUGAUGGAUGCCUGAAAGGACCAAAAAUAAAGGGAGAUCUGGAUGUUUCGAGUUCUGUGGAAGGGCCAAAUGUCAGCCUGGAGGCACCAGGCGUUGACGUUGGGGGCCUGGGAGGAAAGCUGAAGCUGCCGAAGUUUAAAUCCCCUGCUUUGGAGGCACCUGAUCUGAGCGUGAAGGGAGGUGUCGACUGCUCCGGCCCACAAGCGGAGGUGGAUGCGAAAGCCCCGGGUGCAAAUCUCAAUCUCGGCAUCGCCGGCGUCGGCAUCAAAGGGCCCUCGGUGGACGUUUCUGCCCCGGAUUUGGAUGUAAAUGUGAAAGGACCAAAGGUGAAGGGAGAUCUUGACGUUUCACCCCCCAAAGCGUCCGUGGACACGUCCGAUAGCGGCUUUGAGAUUCUGGGGGGCACGAUCAAGCUCCCGUCCCUCAAGCUCCCCGUGUUCGGUGUUUCUGGUUCUGGUGGGGAUGGAGCCGACGUAGGGGUCAGCCUCGAAGGCCCCCAAGUGAAGGGAGGCCUGAAGGGCUCGGGGGCUGGCGUUGGGUUGGAAGGACCCGACGUGGAAUUGAAAGGGCCUAAAUUUCAAAUGCAAUCACCCAGCGUUUCCUUGCCCGACGUUGACCUGAAGCUGAAAGGACCAAACCUACGGAGCGACGUAGAUGUUGCCGGUGACCUCCAAGGUCCAAAAGUCGGCGUGGAAGCACCUCGUGUCAACGUCAAGGAGCCUGGGGUAGGCGUCCACCUCGACGCUCCUGCCUUGGACGCGUCCGCGCUGAAAGUUUCCGGGUCGGGUUUUAACAUCAAUGUAAAAGGGCCGAAGAUCAAAGGCGGUGCCGCCGUCUCUGGCGAGGCGGCAGCGCCCGCUGCGAGCGCCGGCGGCGGAGCUUUUCACGUUAGCGGCCCGAAGAUCGGCAUCGGAGGCGCCGGCGGCGUCCCGCAAGGUAGCCUGGAAGGCAGCCUGGGAAAAGUGUCGUUCCCCAAGCUGCGAAUGCCUAAAUUUGUCUUUUCGGACCCCGAUGUGAAGGGCAGAGAGAUGGGGGUGGAUGUCGAGUUCCCCGGGGCCGACGCUAACCUCCAGGCUGGCUGCGGAGACCUCGAGCUGGAGGACGCCGACGUCAGACUGAAGAAAUCCAAAAUCAAAAUGCCCAAGUUCAAUUUUACCAAGCAGAAGGGGAAGAGCAGCGGCGCCCUCGGCUCCCCGGAGAUUUCGGGCUCCGUUUCGGGUUCGAAAGGCGACCUGAAGAGCUCCAAGGUCAGUUUGGGCUCCGCAGAAGGCGAGCUCGAGGGGGGAGAGGGUCCGUCGGUGAAAGGGAAGUUCUCCCUCUUCAAAAGCAAGAAGACGCGUCACCGGUCGUCGUCCCUCAGCGACGAGCGCUCGUCCCACUCGACGCCCGCGGGAACCCUGGAGGCGGACGCCGACAAGGGGAAACAGGGCAAAAUGAAAUUCGGGACGUUUGGGGGGAUCGGCUCUAAAACUAAAGGUUGUUACGAGGUGACGGGAAGCGACGAGGAGGCGGGGAAGGCGCAGGGCAGCGGCGCGGCGCUGGCGCCCAAGAAAUCGCGCUUGUCCUCCUCCUCCAGCAACGACAGCGGGACGAAGGGCGGCUUCCGCGUGCCCGGCGUGGAGCUGACGGUGGCCAAGAAGAAGGAGUAGCGCGGCUGUACAUAAGUGCCUGUGUAUAUAGGGGGGGGGGCCCGUCCCGGGUUUGUACAGAU